CCUUACAUGAUGAAGUAAAACAGGACACCACCUCGAUGUUGCGACGAAAGUAUCGGUUUGUGCUGUUCCUCGGGACGAUAUGGAUAGUAGGGAUUGUUAUUUAUGCAUUUAAAUCCUACAACAGCCCGAAGUCCAGGGAGGUGCGAGAUUUCGAUGGAGUUUUUGACGAGAAACAGAACCAUAUUGAGAUGGAUAUGGGGUUCAAAACACCAGAUAUGCCCAAAAAGAUCAAACCACCUAUCGUAGGUCACAGGGCGAAGCAGUCACAGGGUGGCAACCUGAUGCUCAGUGACAGCCCUAAUGAUGUAGAUUGGCAAGAUUUCGAUGACAAGGCAUACAUUGACAAGAAACGUUGUACGGCAGGGCAGGACUGUUACUCUGCAAACAAAUUCAAUCAACUGGCCAGUGACAAUGUCAAGAGUAGUCGUCAUGUAAUGGACACACGCCACUCCAUGUGUAAAUCUGCUGACUUCGCCACAGACCUACCCCCCACUACAGUCAUCAUCACCUUCCAUAACGAGGCCAGGUCCACUCUCAUCCGUACUAUCUUCAGUGUUUUCAACAAAAGUCCGGCUCAUCUCAUCACAGAGAUUAUACUAGUGGAUGACUUUAGUGAUGAUACAUCUGAUGGCUUGGAAGUGGAGAAGAUCAAGAAGGUGAAGUUGAUUCGUAACAACAAGAGAGAAGGGCUGAUGAGGUCAAGAAUCAAGGGUGCUGAUGCUGCCUCUGCAACUGUGCUGACUUUCCUUGACAGCCAUUGCGAAUGUAACGAGAAGUGGCUGGAGCCACUUUUGGAGCGUGUGGCCGAGGAUAAACAUCGCGUAGUAAGUCCAAUCAUUGAUGUAAUCAACAUGGAUAACUUUGAAUACAUUGGAGCAUCAGCUGAUCUCAAGGGAGGUUUUGACUGGAAUCUUGUUUUUAAAUGGGACUAUAUGACAUAUGAAGAAAGAAACAAGAGGAACAGCAAUCCCAUAGGGCCAAUCAGAACGCCAAUGAUAGCUGGAGGCUUGUUCACUAUUGAAAAGAGUUGGUUUGAUGAGCUUGGAAAAUAUGACAUGAAAAUGGAUGUUUGGGGUGGUGAAAAUCUAGAGAUAUCCUUUCGAGUGUGGCAGUGCCAUGGAUCACUGGAGAUCAUACCCUGUAGUCGAGUUGGACAUGUUUUCAGGAAACAACACCCAUACACCUUCCCAGGAGGAAGUGGCAAUGUGUUUGCUAGGAACACCCGGCGAGCAGCUGAGGUGUGGAUGGAUGAGUAUAAGGAGUUCUACUACGCAGCUGUGCCCUCGGCUCGCAUGGUUUCCUUUGGAGACAUCUCAGAGAGGUUGAAGCUGAGAGAAAACCUGCAAUGUCAUUCUUUCAAGUGGUUCCUGGAGAAUGUUUACCCAGAGCUCAAGGUACCAAACACCCAGGAUGUGGCGUUUGGCUGUAUCCAGCAGGAUACCAUGUGUGUCGACACGUUGGGCAAUUUUGCUGAUGGCACACUCGGUGUCUUCCCUUGUCACUUUGCUGGAGGAAACCAGGAAUUUUCACUUGGCAAAGAUGGAAUGAUCCGACAUCUUGACCUCUGUUUGACCUUGACAUCAACAUCAGAUGGCAAUACCAUCAAACUCUAUCAGUGUCAGGAAAACAACAAUUUACAGGUGUGGAUGCGGUUCAAUGAAGAUGCGAUGCUGAAGAGUAAACACCUGGAUCUAUGUCUGGACAGUCGAGAAGUACAGACAAAGAGUAAGGGGCUCACUGCCAACAAGUGUGAUACAGAAUCCUCCUCACAGCGGUGGAGCUUCCAGGUUUCCAGGAACUGAGGACCAAUGUCGCGGCAGUCUAAAGCUUUAAAUGUGAUAAGGUCUGCCAAAAAGUCAAAUGAAAUCCAAGUUGUAUCAAUUUUCCAGGUUUUGCCAUAAUUGUGUGUUACAGCUUUACUACAUCUCAGGGUCCUGUGUUAUAUGUAGCUUGUCUGGUAAAUCUCAAGUUAUCUCCCCCUCACAUACUAUUGGUAAAUGUCCAGUUGUCUCCCCCUUACAUAGAAUUGGUAAAGGUCUGGUUGUCUCCCCUAACAAUACAUUGGCAAAUGUCCAGUUGUCUCCCCCUAACAAUAUAUUGGCAAGUGUCCAGUUGUCUACCCUAACAUAGAAUUAGUAAAUGUCCAGUUGUGUCCCCCUUACAUAGCAUAGGUAAAUCUCCAGUUGCCCCCCCUCCCAUAUUGUAAAUCUUCAGUUGUCCUCCCCUGAUAAAUCAUAGGUAAAUAUCCAGUUGUCUCCCCUUUACAAUUCAUUGGAAAAUGUCCAGUUGUCCAUCCCCCUCCCCUUAGCAUAAACAAAUCUGUGGUUGUCUCCCCGUUACACAUCAUAGUUAGAUCUCCAGUUGUCUCCCUGUCUCCUCCCUCACAUAGCAUAGAUAGAUCUACAUAGGGAGAUCUCUACUUGUCUUCCUCUUUCAUUGCAUCAAAAGAUGACUUUGUAACUUCUCCUCCUCUCUAUCAAAUACAAAAUCCAUAGUAAUUAUGUGUAUGGCACACUUAUGCACAUAACAAAUACGAAACACAGGCAGAGUUUAGUACAAAUCCGUAUUUUUACCAUGGCCAGUAGCAGUAUUUAUUGAGGAAGAACUACGAGAUUUACCAGACACUGGUGUUUGUUCCAUGUGAUUUUAAAGCUGGACUUCAAUCCCUGCUGUGCAGGAGUUUUGGGACGUAUCAAUGUUUGUAAAAGUGAUAUAGAAUAAAAUAUAUUAUCCUACGGUCUAAUGCUGCACCCAUUGUGUAAAUGAUGCCAUAAUCAAGGUAUUAGAUAGUGGUUAACAGUUUCCAUGGAUUCAACAAAAUGUGAUUAAAGUGUGAUUGGGAAUACUGUAUAAACGUUUCAUUACUAUAGGACACAAACAGUAUUGGAAUUAGCAAUCAGUUGUGUUCCAGUUUGAAAUAUUAUGUUGCUAUAGGCUAAACUUCAUUGUACAGCUAUUUAGAAGAUGCUCAAUUUGCAAGGCAUUGCCUAAUGAUUUGGAGAAAGGGGAUACUACAAUAAAUAAUUAGAUCUGAUGGCUAGUCGAGUAAUUUAAGUUGUGUAGUAGUGCAUUAGUAGAAAGAACACAGAUAUCUAUUGAUAUAUCUUGUGAGGAGGAAUGGGCAUUAUCAGAGUGUGGUCUUUCAUUGUAUCGAAUUCACAUUAAUGUUGAGUAACAAAUCUAGGACCAAUUUUAUAAUCAUACAUCCUGAUCCCUCAUAUUCCAUAAUUAAGUUAUUAAUCACUUUGGAACCAAAAGGAUUAAUACAUUUCCAUUUUCUACACAACCUUGUAAACCAUCAUCAAUUUUACAGUUGGUCACGCCAAACUGGCCGACUCGGUUAUACCUGUGUGAUGGAGGGUAAACAAAUCAUCAUUACUGACAUAUCCCUAUUCAUUUUUAUAAAACAUUGCUCAGUAUGUUUCUAGGAACUGGAGGCGUUUUAGUGAUUGUAUCAAACAGUUCAUAAAAAAGUAGGUGAUUGGCUAUAGACGAUCCAUUAUCAAUCCUUUGGUCAAAUUGUGUAUUGGCGAUCCAUUAUCAAUCCUUUGGUCAAAUUGUCUAUUGGCGAUCCAUUAUCAAUCCUGUGGUCAAACUGAAGCCAGGACCAAGUGGCAUGUUAUAAUUUUAGCUUGACAAUCAUAAAUAUAUUUAGGUUGUUUGCUCGUUACUGCAGUUUGGCAUUUACCAUAUAGUAAUUAUUAAUGUUGGUUAUCUAUGAUUAGUCAAUACAGAUGUGUUUAUAUCCCCAUCCCUACAACGAACUUAAAUGGUUAUGCUGUCUGUUGAUGGAAGUUUGUAGAUUUUGUCAGGGGUUGAACAUGUUUCAGUAAUUUUUUUUUUUUUUUUUUUGAAAUUUGGUUUUAAUUUUUUUUAUUGUGUAUUCUUUUGAUGCAUUAUAAAGGAAGACAACAAUUUUAUCUGCCCCCAGCAUCAAUGUAUGUGUAUUGUCAUUGAUGCAUACAAUUUUGAAGAUUUUGAAGUGACUAACUCAGUAUCAAACAAAAGAAAAGCAAUGUACAAAAAACUUAAUUUACUCCAAGAUAAAAAACUGAAAAGAAGAUUAGCAAGGAAUUCAAACCAUAUUUAAGUGUUUUCAUGUGAAAAUUACCCGAGACCAAAUGAAUAUUCUUUGUGCAACUCACACUUCAUAUUUCACAGAUUUUAUCUAGUAAUUAGGAUUGAUUUCCAUUUCGUUUUGGUUUUAUUUGUAUAUAUAUCGGAGAAUAUCGUAAGAAUUUUAAUUUAGCUUCUGUUGAGUAAAAACCAAUAACACAGAUAACAUAUACCCUGUAAGUGCCCACUUAUAUAAUUUUUGUUUGUUAGAUAUUAUUAAAAAUGUUGAAAAGAGACUUUCUGAAAAUGAAUUUCCUGAUAGGAACAUAACCUUUCACAAAAGAAUUCAUAAACAGUGUGUUUGGAGAGGAGGGGGAAAUGUCAUAUCAAGGUCACGUACAUGUUUGAAAGUCUAACUAAUGCCCAAUGUAAACCCAAUGUUAUACCUUGUGUCCUUAGCAUUCCUAGUAUUACCUCCCCUAGAUGUUUAACUUUAUAUUAAGUUGUUUAUUAAUUAUAUAAUUUAUUUUCAGGAUAGUUUUAUUUUUACUUGAAAAUAGAUAUGAUUUAAUUAGAUUAACGAAAUAGUAUGUGUUGUUAAAUCUAAACAUAUGUAUGUUUUAUUAGUAGUGGAGGUUGUUUGUGAAUAAUCAGCAGGCUGUGAUGUUUAUCAGCUGCUACUAGUAGAUCACCAGUAGAUAGAUAACCUUUAAGAUAAUGGACAUUUCAGUUCACUAAUAUAUCAUAUUUAAUCCCUAUAAUAUAUUAAAGCCAGCACAACACACAUGAAGAGUAAAAAAAAAAAAAUAUUAGAAAUGAUAAAAGUAUUGAAAAUGUCAAGAAUUUCUAAUUAUGAAUGAAAUGUAUGAAAGGUUUUAUCUUUAAUAUCAACGUAUGGUUUAAAGAAAACAGAAUACCAAACUUAAUUGAAUUAUGAUUUUUUGCUGACUUCUCAAGCUGUAUUGACAGUAAGAUAGAGUGUAACAGGUGCCCUGAGGGACCUAAUGGUAUGUAACAUGGAUUCCAUGCCAUUAUGUGUCUUUGCCUUUUACUUGUAUGCUUGAUAAACAUUCAUCGCAGGGUAACUGUUUUGGUCCAUAAAAGUUUCCAUUGGAUUUACUGAAAUAUCUUUGCUAAGGAACUUUCUUUCCAUUCUGCAAUGCUGAAUAUUGAUGGACCUGGGGCCUGUUUGAAGCUUCAAAUAAGAGUUAGCAAUUAUUUUGCACAUUAGAAUAAAUUUAGCCCAAAGGUCAAACACAAUAUUAUUCAGAGAAGCUAUAUCUCCAACAGACAGUAAUUGUGAUCAUUGAAAAAACGAAAAAGCUAAUAUGUUUUAUACCAAAUGUUGCAUACAUUACGAUAUAAAGACAUUAAACAUUUGAGCUUCUAAUUUGAUGUUUUGAAUUUAAAUUGAAUAAAUAAUAAUUGCAUUGCAAAUAAAGUCUAUUAAAGCCAGUCUCUAUAUUUUGUAUUUAACUUUCGUUUUUAUAAAUAUUGAUCAUUAUGAGGAUGCUGCUGUUAUUUGUUGGUGUUAAUUAUACAGUAUUAUCAUAUGUAACCCUGUAGGUCUGUUACUUGUCAUCACUAACUGGCUGUAAUAUUGUUUUACCUAUUAAGAGAAUGAUUGAUGCAGCAGUGAGUCAUCUAUGUGUUGCAUGUUUACAUGUUUAUAGGUAAAGACGAUUGUCUCCCUUGAUUAAAUUUUUACAAUUCACUAUAAUAUCAGCCUUAUGCACCUUCUAAAACUGUUUUGUUCCACAUAUCAUCAAAUUUUGGGAGAUUUGCAUGAUGUACACAAUAACAUGAAUUUGGACAUGUUUUUGUAAACUAUAGGACUUGUGAGUGUUAAUGUUAUUAAACUGUAUACCUGGACAAGUUAAUUACAGGUAAGUUCUGUGGUGAUAGUGAGUUUUGUCAAUUUUACAUAUCUCUCUGUCAUUGUACUUAACACCCACCUAUGUACAUUUUCUUAUACACUAUAUCAAGAGUAAGACUGCUUUAACUACUGUUUUUAAUUAUUUUAGUGUGAGAGCUUUAAUUUUGAUUUGUAUUUUUAUAGUCUGUUAUUUAACCAAAGUCUCUAAAGCUAAUAAGGGUGAUGGGAGAGUGUUGGUUCACCGGAAGUCACACGUGAUCCGUCAGAAACUCUGGUGCCAGCACCAAAAGGGCACGGACCAAAAGAUGCCCGUGGCUGUUAUAUAUUGAGGAUAAAGGACAUAAUAUGGUUUAUAGCUCUGUGAAAAGGAUAGUUUUUGCAGUUAUAGAUGUAACACAUUUCAAAUUCUAGACCAUUGUGAUAGCAUCAGUUUACUUUUUAUUGUCUUGAUGCAGCAGGUCGAUGGUGCUGCACUCUAUGUAUUUCCAACCUCAAGCGCUGCUAUUUUUAAGUCGUAAUCUUUUAUAGCAGGAUACACAUAGUGUAACUUUGUGUACCAUUACACCAUCCAUGUAUCAGACUAGCUUGUUGACCUUGUUACUGACGCCAGAAGCACAGAUCUAAACAAUAGGAAUACAUUUUAUCAUACUUCUCUAUAUGUGUGGCUUGUCCUGUUAGAUGUGUGACUGUUGUAUGGAUGUGUUUUGCAUGUUUUAACGCAGUAUUUUUUUAAAACAAACUUGUCUCGUGAAUUAAAAUUAACGACUUAAUCAUUGUAUGUGUUAAACUGAAGUUUAUUUUGGUGGUAGUCUUCAUGGAAACGUUUUUUCUUGACAAUAAAAUAUGCUCAGUAACAA